AUGGAUUUCCAGCACAGAGCCGGAGGGAAAACCGGUAGCGGCGGCGUUGCCUCGUCGUCCGAAAGCAACCGAGACCGGCGUGAACGCCUGCGACAGCUGGCCUUAGAGACCAUAGACAUCAACAAAGACCCGUACUUCAUGAAGAACCACCUGGGCUCCUACGAGUGUAAACUGUGUCUCACGCUGCACAACAACGAGGGAAGUUACCUCGCUCACACGCAGGGCAAAAAGCAUCAGACGAACUUAGCAAGACGAGCUGCGAAAGAGGCGAAGGAAGCGCCGGCUCAACCCGCUCCAGAGAAAGUCAAGGUUGAAGUGAAGAAGUUUGUGAAGAUCGGGAGACCGGGAUAUAAAGUUACUAAACAAAGAGAUCCAGAGAUCGGACAGCAGAGUCUGCUUUUCCAGAUUGAUUACCCAGAGAUAGCAGAAGGUAUCGGGCCGAGGCAUCGCUUCAUGUCGGCGUAUGAGCAGAGAAUCGAACCUCCGGACCGUCGCUGGCAGUAUCUGCUGUUCGCAGCCGAGCCGUACGAAACCAUCGCCUUCAAGGUUCCCAGUCGAGAGAUCGAUAAAGGAGAGACUCGUUUCUGGACACACUGGAAUAGGGAAACGAAGCAGUUCUUCCUGCAGUUUCACUUUAAGAUGGAGAAAGCUCUGGGUGCUCCACCGGGUCAGCCGCCGUCGCUCGGCAUGAAGCGUCCUCCUUCACUGAUCACUGGACUCGGUCCACAUCCACACAGUGACUCCAUGCCCCCCCCGCCGGGAGGAAUGCAUGGGAUGCCCCCCGGAGCCCCCAUGCCCCCACACAUGCCCCCCCCAGGAGCCCUUCCUCCUCACCUGAGGCCGCCGCUCCCCAUGGACGCCUCGCUCCACUGACUUUACUUGAAGCUUUUACAUAUAAUGCGUUGUGAUCACAUGAUAUGCAUUCAUUAUUACAUCUUUAGGAAGUAUAAUGCAUUUUUAACUUACAAUCAUAUAAUGCAUUAGAAGGCACAUUAGGAAUAUUUUUUUAAUCAUGCAUUAUAAAUAAAAGCUUCACUUUACACUUUUUUUGUUUUCCCCCCUUUAUUUUCAUGUGCACAGCUCUGUAAAUGUGUAGUGAUUUGACUUGUGUGCAAACAAUUUCCAAAUGUUGCUGUUGUUGUUUUUUAUUAAUAAAUAAAUUAAUUAA